AUGGUGCUCUCACUCAAAGAAUCAUGCCUGCGUAUUCUAACUGCACAUUCAGGCAGUCUCCUGGAAGUCGGACACUGCCCGUAUCGUUUGAUUAGGCCUGUUCUUAUUGCAUGCCAUCCCGACCAGCUAGCCCACAUUGAAGACUCCUCUCCCCAUCUCAUGUUGGAAUCGGAUGAAAUUUGGCACCAUCUUCUCUCGAAAGAUUUUCCCAAUGAAACAGCAAUCCCGCCCUCCGUCCGCUCUCCAUCUCCCGGCCCCUCCCAUCCCCGCGAAGAUGAAGACGGCGUACAAGAGGUGGACCUGCCAGCUAAUCGGCUCCUUUAUUUCAAAACUCGACUCGCCAAGGAAGAGGCCCUUGCAUCUGCAUCUGCCCGUCUACGAGAAAAGGUCCAAGCUAGUCGUUCAGAUCAACUGAAACGGAAGGCUAUUUUUACCGGCCAGACUGAUUACGGUAUUGGGAGUAAGAAAAAGAAGCUGAAUGGCGCGAAAUCUUGGGGCAAUUAUACUCCGACAGGGAAAACUUUGGCCGAAAAAGCACGCCAACAAGUCAAGAAAUCAGCAGCCGUUUAUGCCAACGCAGUCCGGGUUAAAGCAGCAAUGAUAAGCACACCGAAUUCUGCUCCCAAGCCAGUUGCCCGCCCAGCCGAUCCCCCGCGUUCCUCGAGCACGCCCAUCUUUUCGAUCAAGAAGCCAGUAGGAAAAGCCCCGACAGCCAAAUGUGUCGUACGCACUCCAGCCGUCCAACCACAAGUCAAAGUCGUCCAGGUCCCCUCUGCGCCCCCUACCGCGCCUAGUGAUAAGAACGGCAUCAAGCCCACCCCUUUCCCCAAAGCCAAGCCACUGCCUCAUAAAGGACCUCUAACUACCGCGCUACGUAGAUCCCCUCCUCCGGCUACUACUCCUCGGCCGCCAGCACGAACGCCUUCACGUAUAGCUGCCCUCCUCAAACCCAAAACAACAUCCGAAUCGAUUCUCUCAGCUCCUGGCUCCAUUGCCAGCCCAACCAAAAAAACAUCAAGUCUCUUCGUCCCAAAGAAACUCAAACCUCCGCCUAAACAACCCUCCAAAUCCCUCAUCUUCAAACCCGGCUCCUCAGCCAGAUAG